UCCUUUAAAAAACAAAACAAUUAUGGCAUCAUAUUCCUGGUUAGUUGGAGUAGUGUUGGCUUGUUUGGCCAUAGUUUCUGUACAAGCUGAGAAAGUAAUGCGUCCCAAAUUCAAGGAUGUGAAAUUGUGGUCGGAUGACAAGCAUAUUUCGCACACCAUUAAAUUCGAUGCCAACGAUCCACACAUCAACUACACCCUGGAUGUGUUGCAAGAACUACACGACAUUGAUUUCAGUCUCCAGCUAAUGGCUACCCAAAAACUGGAUCCCAGCUAUAAUUUGGCCCUGAACACCACAAUGAAUCUGUGUCGAAUUUUAAAUUGGCACACCAAAUCACCAAUUGGUUCGAUUAUUGCCACCUUUUUGAAAGAGUAUGGCAACAUUAUGGAGAAAUGUCCCGUGCCCAAGGGUCAAUACUAUACGCACCGAUUCUGGAUACCGGAGGAUACAUCAUUGGCCACAUUGCCCGAAAUCGAUUUUAAUCUAAAUUUCCAAGCCUUCCAUGUGGAUGCCAGCAAACAAAAGACCAUGAUAUUGAACGAUCACAUCUCCGGUGAAAUUGUGGUUCAAGAUGUGACCAAUGUUAAGCCGGGCCUAUUGGCCCUAUUGCCCAAAGUACCCGGUGGUUAGGGGUGGCAGCGAAUCUUUGGAUUUUGAUGGAUUUUUUUCCUUGAUCGUACCAACAUUUACUUAUCAGUGCUCAACAUUUCUAUUCUCCUCAAUUUGUUGUCUAGGUGUUUUGUAUUGUAUUUAUUUGAAAAAAAAAACAUAAAUAAAAUUUUGAAUUCGGAUUGCUAAUACACCGCAAAA